GACGCUCAAAGGGCUAUUGAGGAAAUGAACGGAGUUCAGUUAGGUAGGAGAGCGAUAAGAACGGGUUGGGCUAUUAGACGGAGUGGAACCGAACAACUAAAAGUUGGGUCAGAAGAUGAAAAGGAAGAGUAUUCCAACUCAAAUGCAACCUUCGAAUCAAUCUACAACUCCACAGAAGCGGAUAACACAACAAUAUACCUGGGUGGUUUAUCAAGUGCAGCAACAGAAGAACCGAUAAAAUUAGCUUUUAGCGAGUUCGGAAUAAUUAAAGAAAUACGUCUUUUCGCCUCACAAAAUUUUGGUUUCGUUGUAUUUUCUGACAAAACUUCAGCUACAAAAGCAAUUUUGGAAAUGCAUGGAAAAGAAUUAAAUUUAGGGAUAGUUGGAGGGAAAUGCCGUUUGCGUGUUAAAUGGGGAAAGCCUGUACAACAACAAAACAAUAAUAAUAAUAGUGGGAAAGGAGGAGAUAAGGGAUGGAUAUUAAAUAAUGAUUCGGUUAAUGUUGCUUUGAAUAAUCAACAAAAUUCUGCGAUUGUUGCCGCAAUUUCUCAGCAACAACAACAAUUAGCAUUAGCUUCUGCUAUUUUACAGGCACAAGCACAACAACAGCAACAACCAAUAUUUCAACAUCCUGUUAUAAUGGGAGGAGUUGUACAACAACCGCCGACUUUUCAACAAUCGCAACACCUUAUUGCCCAACUCGCAGCACAACAACAACAACAAAAUCUACAACAAUCUUCAGCACAUAAUAAUGGUUUCGGUACAUUCUUAAAUGGUUCAAUUCCUGCAGCUACAAAUUGGCCCCAAACUCAACAAUUUUAA